ACGUUGCAAAAGCAUAUUAAGGGGGAAAUGUUUCUUCAUGUCUCAUUAGACUACGAUAGACAUUCUUCUAUUACAGUGCUACGUCACAGUUUACGUCCUCGUGAGAAAGAUCAGACGCCCAUUCAGCCAAGGAGCAUGAAGUUUCUCUUCUCACCCCUCCUCCUUUCUAGGAGCCCAUUCCCCCUUACUUUUCCUCUGCUGCAGCCUCCUCCUCCUCCUCUCUCUGCUCAGUCCUGUUGAGGAGGCGCAGAGGUGAAAAAACUGGUUUCCCUCCACUGCAGCUUCACCCCCACCGUUUUCUUUCCCUUUGGCUUCCAGCAGCGCAGGAGCUCCACACUCCGAGCCAUGCCGACCGCUCACCGCGCCCAGUCUCAGCCACAAACCCAGCCGCAGUCAUGGUGAAGAAAUCAGCCAACGGCGAGGUCUACCCGCCUCCAGCCGGGGAGCGGAGGCUGAAGGUGGGCUUCGUGGGGCUGGAGCCCGGCGCCGCGGACACUGGCCGAGACGGGACGCUGCUGAUCGGCAACGCGGAGGGCUCUAAACGCGGGGGGAUCCUGUGCAAAACGCGCUCGGGCGGCGGCAGAGCGCACAAGAGGAACGCCGGUUACCGGAGACUGCAGAAUUUCCUCUACAACGCGCUCGAGAGGCCGCGCGGCUGGGCGUUCGUUUACCACGCUUACGUCUUUCUGCUGGUGUUCUCCUGCCUUGUGCUCUCCGUGUUUUCUACUAUAAAAGAGUUCAAAAAAAGCUCAGAGAGUGCCUUGUACAUUCUGGAAAUAGUGACUAUCGUAGUGUUUGGUGUGGAGUAUAUAGUGCGGAUCUGGGCCGCUGGUUGCUGCUGUCGGUAUAGAGGAUGGAGAGGGAGGCUGAAGUUUGCCCGCAAGCCUUUCUGUGUUAUAGAUAUCAUGGUACUGUUUGCCUCUGUGUCCGUUUUGGCGGCUGGCUCUCAGGGCAACGUCUUUGCCACCUCUGCUAUACGCAGCUUGAGGUUUCUGCAGAUUCUUCGUAUGCUGCGCAUGGACCGCCGAGCAGGAACAUGGAAACUGCUGGGAUCUGUAGUCUACGCACAUAGCAAGGAGCUCAUCACUGCAUGGUACAUUGGUUUCCUCUGUCUCAUCCUGGCCUCUUUUCUGGUGUACUCAGUGGAGAAGGAUGACAAUGCAGAGAUGUUUGAGACCUAUGCUGAUGCUCUUUGGUGGGGGCUGAUCACUUUGACAACCAUUGGCUAUGGGGAUAAGUUUCCGAAAACAUGGAAUGGCCGUCUGAUUGCUGCAACCUUCAGUUUAAUUGGUGUGGCCUUUUUUGCACUCCCAGCAGGUAUUCUAGGUUCUGGCUUCGCUCUGAAGGUCCAAGAGCAGCACAGGCAGAAACACUUUGAGAAACGACGGAACCCUGCUGCAGGACUUAUUCAGUCUGCCUGGAGAUUUUAUGCAACAAACCUCUCACGAACAGACCUGCUGUCAACCUGGGACUUCUAUGGACAAACUGUGUCAGUCCCUAUGUACAGGCUGAUUCCUCCUCUGAAUCAAUUGGACCUCUUGCGUAGUCUGAAGGGAAAAUCUGGAUUCAGAAAGGACUCUCAGCCUGAAGCUUCUCCCAGUAGUGAGAUUUCACACAAAGACACCCUCUGUGGGUGUUGCCCAAGAUGCCAUAGUCGUAAACCAAGCCUUAAAGAGAAAUUCCCUAGCCCUUCUAAGAGUGCAGGGGGAAAGGACACUAAAUCGCCUGGAGCAGAGGAAGGAGCAGGGGAGAGUCCUAGCAAAGUGCCAAAAAGCUGGAGCUUCACAGACCGAAACAGAUCCAAACAGAACUUGAAGUUCAAAGAGGGGAGUCGGCAAACCCCAGAAGUGCUGAUUGAGAUGCAGGAUGAAGACUUCGGAAUGAAGAGUUCUCCAGCAAUUGAUGGGUUGAUCAAGGCGAGUCUCCCUGAUGACUUUGGAGAUGAUAAGACUUGUCAUUGUAAUUUUCUGCAAGACCUGUCUCCUGCACUGAAGGCGGUCAUAAGGGUAGUCUGUGUCAUGCGUUUCCUAGUAUGUAAGAGGAGGUUUAAGGAGAGCUUGCGGCCCUACGAUGUGAUGGAUGUGAUUGAGCAGUAUUCAGCAGGCCAUCUGGACAUGCUCUCCCGCAUCAAGAACCUGCAGUUCAGGAUAGAUUUGAUUGUGGGCCCCCCACCCCCUUCGACCCCUCGCCAUAGGAAGGUAGACCAAAUAGUGGGGAAGGGAGCACCAAUAGGGGAUAAGGACAAACCCAAGAGUGAAGCUGAACCAGCAGAUGAUCCCAGUAUGAUGGGACGAUUGGUCAAGAUGGAGAAGCAGGUGGGUGCAAUGGACCGUAAGCUGGACUUCCUGGUAAACGUAUACACUACCCGCUUAGGCAUCCCGCGGUCUGAAACAGAGGCUUUACUGGGCUUCAAAAUCCCUGACCCGGCACCCCCAUACCACAGCCCCGAGGACAAGAGCGAGAAAGUUCAGGAUGAGAAGGAAGAGAACAAGAGCAAGAGAGUUUCAUCUGCGGAGCCAGGUUCUGCUGAUGGUUCUGCUGAUGGUCAGUGCCGUCUGUCCACCUCCUGCCGGCAACAGCAGCAAAGUGAGCUGCCUCUGAAUGUGCCACUAUGGAACAGCAGUCGUGGGGUUUCCCCUGUGGGCACAGAUGACCCCUCACUUUACCGCAUCCCACCCCCGCCUGCUCAGGAGAGCAGUGAAAGUGGACGACAGCGGAGGUCCCGGCGGUCCAGGGCUCAGGCCGGUGUGGAGAGUGACACGUCUCUUUCCAUUCCCUCAGUGGACCAUGAAGAGCUAGAGCGCUCCUUCAGUGGCUUCAGCAUCUCCCAGGCCAAGGAGGAGGACUAUCUUCCUCCAGUCAGCCUGGGCCUGUUCGGGGCAGGGGGGAGGGGGGCCGUGUGCACUCGCAUAAGGCCGUAUCUGGCCGAAGGUGAAUCAGACACAGACUCAGACCUCUACACGCCUGGCGGCCCUUCUCCUCUGUCUUUUACUGGAGAAACUGUGGCCUUUGGAGACCGGGGCUGGCCAGGAUUCAAAUAGACUUCAGAAAGGGACCUUCAGAUCCUCUGAGGAUUGAAUAUAAUUUUAAAAAAGUAAACAUGGAUCUACUGCUUAGAAUUUUGGAAUCAUCUUUCAAAAAUAUGGAAUUAUUGUUCAAAAGUUUGGAAUCCCUCAAUAAUAUAACAUCAGUUUUGUUGUAGAUACAUAAAUAAAGCUUUUCUAACAUGAUGCUACCAGUAUAAGUUUAAAAUGAUUUGCUGCAAUCCAUAUUUUUUUUUACAUGUUCUAGAUGACUUGCUGAUAAUUGACAAGGCUACAUAUUAUCAGGAAUGAGGUUAUAAUGAAAUCAGAGUCCAAAAUGGCUCAUAUUUGAAAAAUGGUAAUCAAAUCCUGGACUAAAGAACUUGACAAGAAAUUACAAUCAGCAGAUAAUUACAGCAUGUUUUUUAGGAUUUAACCCCUUGGAGUCUAAGCUUAUUAUUACUCUUCAGUUUCAAUCCAAAUAAGAGUUUUUAAUCAGUAUUCAUAGGAAUAUGAAUUAUUCAGUUACUAUUAUAAAAUGAAUUAUGAAACUAAUAAGCCAUGUAGAUAUGAGAGGGUUAAUAGCUUCUUUUUUCCAAAAAAAUAUAUUAAAUGAAACAUCUAAGGAUGCUUUCUGGGGUCAAGUUUUUAAUACUGAAAGCUACACUAUUGAAUAACUUAGCAUCAGUUAUUAUAUGGUAAGUGAUUUCAAACUUUUGAACAAUAGUGUCAAUAACAUAGAACACUAAAUGUGAUGUACUCAGUGGACAUUCAGUGGAAAUGCUUGGUAUGACUACAGUGAUGAUGAAUAAUAUUCGGGCCAUAAUUCCAAACAUUCGAAGCCUGACAAUUUAAGGUGGCCAUCUUUGCACACUUAAAAAGUGGAUUCUGUGUGCAUGCAGGUAUUGGCAUGAAUCCCCAACACUUAAAAUUGAGUGGGUCACCUGUUUGUAUUAUUUAGAAUAGUUAAGGUACCAGCGCUUAUGCAAUAUUAAAAGCACCUUUUAUGAUUGUACAUACAUAAUGAUUGUUCGCUUGCUACAUGAGACUAAUCUUGGUUGCUCAUUCAGUUUUAUUGAUUUUGUAUGUUAAGGAAAUGUUAUUGUAAUAAAACAAUGAGGGUAACAUAGGGAUCUGUGUGAGAGAUAUAAUGGAAAUUCAAUCGCCUUUAAAGAAAUUACCCCAACCAAAGAUAGAGGGAGCACUUGAAAACUGAGCAUGCCUUACACAUAAAGAUUUUUUCUUUCACCUCAUAUGAAUGUGGCUUUUCAUGUAUUUUUAUUGGUACAAAUAGAAAUUACAGGUAAGAGUUUUACAGUUUACAUGCAUUUUUUAAUCUUUUUAAACAUCUGAGUCAUUGGUUAUCAGUAGUCACUAAAUGUACUUUAUUAAAAGUCCUUUUUUUGGUCAAACUCUGAUGGUACUUUCAUCCAAAUAACCUAGCGGUGUUAAUUGUGGCAAAUGCCUUUAGCUCAUUUUGCUUGCUAGAAAUAUAGCUUGUGUUGCAAACAAAAAUGGUUGAAUCUGCAAGCAAAAGCAUUAUAACUUCUUUAAACCUAUGUGUAGCUCCUUCAAGAAGACAAAGCACUGACCAGUAAGGAAAUAUGAAAUGAUUAAGCUGAAUUCGCUGAACAAGGCUAAGGGUCAUGAAGUCAAAAGAUGUUUUCACAUGCAAUGCAUUUUAGUUGAAUAGAAGCAGCAAGAUACCUUUAUGCUUUAGUAACAAAAAUGGUGCCUCACAAUAUUCAUUCCCCCUGAUUACACUUACUGCAUGGCAUGUUUAGAGGAGCCUGACUUAAUUGGUGAUGGUAACACAAAAUUGUGCCUAUAGAAAUGAAAGAAACCGUGAUCAAAAGCAUCAUUGCAUUCAGCUGUUUUCCUUGAUGCCAACACUGAAGAUUUACAUGAAACAUUUACAAUAUGGUGAGACUGAAAUCUUUUUUCACCUUUAAAAAGACUGUUUUAAAGCAUGCUAGAAGGUUGUAAUCUGUAAGGAAAUAAAAUGGUCUUAAUCUUAACUGACUCAUCAGCUGUCUGUCUGUAAAAGACUGUUUUAGAGCAUGCUAGAAGGUUGUAAUCUGUAAGGAAAUAAAAUGGGCUUAAUCUCAACUGA